UUGGAGCAGCAUUGUAUUUCUAUCACACUUUUCGAGCCAAUUUUACUUUCGAAAAUGUAACGUUUCCUUGGAAAUUUCACAUCGAGCGUUCGACACUCGUGACACUUUAACAAAGUCUUUGGAAUUUCUGAUUGAGUUUAGAAAAAAACUUGUAACGUUUAGCCGAGCACAUCUAAUCGUCACAUUCGAUCCAUUCCGCAAUAAUCGAUGAACGCGAAUGUCACAUCGUUUUACUUAAUACUCGUGCAACGUAAUUACUCCAAUUUCAAAGCAAAAUUGGCUCCAUCAUUUUUUUAUAUAAAAAUAAUCGAAACUCCAUGAAUUCGAGUCCCUCAAACUUAAAGUUUUAAUUUACAUCAUUAGUACUGAAAUAGUGUAUAAACAAUGAAAAGAGGCUGUUGUUAUUGCAACGAACUUUGUAAAUCGUAGAGGAAAAUGUGCUGUUCCAAGAAUUUUUAGUUGAUGGAAAAUUCCUUAUAUUCUGAUUUAUGUACAUCGGUUCGAUUGAUCAUUACAGAUGAAUAUUAUUCCUGCACAAAUAAAAAUUAAUGGUUCUCGUUGAUUGCUUACAGUUCCCGGUCGCGCGGAGGAGAUUUGACGCGACGAAAGGAUGGAAACGAGGAAGGCGAGGCGCGCGCGAGUGAGCUUCGAGCGGAAUCGUCGAUUGGUGGAUUCGCCUCGACCAUGUGACCGUGGCGGGUUAUAUAUGGUUGGUGCGUCGCCACGCUCGUGUCAUUUGCUCCAUCAAGCCUCUUCUACGAGGACACGAAUACCUGUUGAAAACAGUAGUCGAGCCUUGAAAUCCGUCUCGAAGAGUAAAAGAGAAGAAAAAAUCGCGAUUAGACAUCGCAAUGGCAUCGAAAGUGAAGCAGCCAGGAAGCCUCCGAGGAGGAUCCAUAAAAUGAGAAUAAAAGGAAAAUUUGAAGCGAAACGUUGCUUCUUGUUUUCGUAUCUUCCUCGCGUAAUAUCGCUCGCGAAAUUCGUAUCACAGUGAAAAGCAACGAAGUCGGUAAUAAAAAAAAAAACGAAAGGAAAAGAUUCAUCAAACGAGCGGUUAUGGGUCUUAAGUACACGAGUUUCCGUAAAGUUGUGAAAUUAUCGAGAAGUCUUCGAGCCUCGACGGUGGAAGAAAAAGGGCUCUGUGCUCGCGAGCUCCAUCAGUGCCCCGUUGUCUUUUCACCCCGUAACAUCAUCGCGAGGCGAUUCUGUCAUUAGUCACCACGAAUCUUAACCUCGAAAAUUCGAAAUGACAUCGAUGGUAGUGAAGACGUCGAACAGCGUAGACGGGGACGGUGAUCGUCGCGAGACUUGGUCAGGAAAAGUCGAUUUCCUUCUUUCCGUCAUCGGUUUUGCAGUCGAUCUUGCAAACGUUUGGAGAUUUCCGUAUCUUUGUUAUAAGAAUGGGGGCGGUGCGUUUCUCGUUCCCUACUGCAUCAUGCUCGUCGUCGGUGGAAUUCCCUUGUUUUACAUGGAGCUUGCUCUUGGACAGUUCAAUCGAAAGGGAGCUAUUACCUGCUGGGGACGUUUGGUUCCGCUCCUUAAAGGGAUAGGAUACGCAGUUGUUUUGAUAGCGUUUUACGUCGACUUUUACUACAACGUGAUAAUAGCGUGGGCGCUGCGUUAUUUUUUCGCAUCCUUUACGAACAUGUUACCUUGGACGACCUGUGGAAACUCAUGGAACACGCCGCUCUGUCGGGAAUUUGACGUGAAUAUUUCUUACGUCGAUUCGAGCAGUUGGUCGAUGGACGAGAUGCCCUCGAACCGUAACCGUAGCCAGAGCGUUUUGGAGGCAAUCGGUUUGAAGAACGUCGUUGAAGUUGACAACAGCACGAGAUACACGAGCGCUGCUCAAGAAUAUUUCACCCGGUCCAUUUUAGAGCUCCAUCGAAGCUCCGGCCUUCACGACCUUGGUGCCAUCAAAUGGGACAUUGCGAUGUGUCUUCUCGUCGUCUAUCUCAUCUGCUAUUUUUCACUGUGGAAAGGGAUAUCAACAUCGGGCAAAGUCGUAUGGUUUACAGCACUCUUUCCCUACGCCGUUCUACUCAUUCUGCUCGUUCGGGGUGUCACUCUGCCUGGAAGUGCUCAGGGCAUUAAGUACUACCUGAGCCCGAAUUUCUCUGCGAUUUCAAAGGCCGAGGUUUGGGUCGAUGCUGCGACUCAAGUAUUUUUCUCAUUGGGACCAGGUUUCGGAGUUUUGCUUGCGUACGCGAGCUACAACAAAUACCACAACAACGUUUACAAGGACGCUUUAUUAACGAGCGUGAUAAACAGCGCGACUUCGUUCGUCGCCGGAUUUGUAAUAUUCUCGGUGCUCGGAUACAUGGCUCACGCGAGUGGACGAUCGAUCGAGGACGUUGCGACCGAAGGACCAGGCCUCGUUUUCAUAGUCUAUCCGGCAGCUAUUGCAACCAUGCCAGGAUCCAUUUUUUGGGCACUCAUUUUUUUCAUGAUGCUACUGACUCUUGGUCUCGACAGUUCGUUCGGAGGAUCCGAAGCCAUAAUCACAGCACUCAGCGAUGAAUUCCCUCUGAUUGGUAAUCACCGGGAAAUUUUCGUGGCUUGUCUCUUCACUCUCUACUUCGUUGUUGGUUUGGCUUCGUGUUCCCAAGGCGGUUUUUAUUUCUUCCACCUGUUGGAUCGUUACGCAGCUGGUUAUUCGAUGCUCUUCGCUGUGCUUGCUGAAGCGAUUGCAGUCAGUUGGAUCUACGGAGCCGAUAGAUUUUGCGCUGACAUUAAAGACAUGAUUGGCUUCUCACCUGGCUUAUAUUGGCGUGUCUGUUGGAAAUUUGUGGCGCCAAUAUUCAUCAUGUUCAUUAUUGUUUACGGAUUAAUGGGAUAUCAGCCGCUGACAUACGAGGAUUACGUUUAUCCGUUUUGGGCGAACGUUCUCGGCUGGAUGAUCGCGUCCUCGUCAAUCGCGAUGAUCCCUGGAAUUGCGAUUUACAAAAUAAUCGUAACGCCCGGCAACUUUUUCCAAAGGAUGAAAAUUCUGACAACCCCUUGGAGAGACACCGUCCAAGGAACGACGAGAACGAACAUCAGCUCGGUGGCGAAUGGAGCAGUGCGAAAGAGUUUUAUCGACGAGGGAACCGAAUUCAUGGACCCGAAUGAUCCUCAAGCCGAAAUGAUGAAAGAACAGACCGAAGUUAUGCUCCAAUCGGGAGAAGAUUGUGAUCCACCCCCGGAACCGGUCUAGGACAACGGCACAAUCGUCAUCGUGCGUGGUGCAAGAUUUCGAGUUUAUCUCUGUUAGGUCGUAACUCGAAAACCGAAGAAAACAAGAUCAGCCAAAAAAAAGCAUCUUAACGAGGUUACUGAGAGUCAAACCUCGUCGAAUUCUUCAAAUUUUCCACCCCCGAGUGGUAGUAGUUCGAAUUUUGUUUUUCGCAACUCGAAAACAAUUCUAGUCGCUUAUACAAAAAGAUUUCAGAGGCCCGCACGAUAUUUUAUUUCAAUGUAGAGACAGAAUUUGCACGUUAAUUAUUUUUAUCUAUUUCUUAUUGUCUCGCGAUUUUAACGAUUUUGUAAAUAGUCGUGUUCCGCAAAGAAAUAAUAUUUAAACGAAAGAAAACAUGGCGAAUCCAGUUUGGCAUGUCGCGAUAGCAUUCUUUCGGGCGUUGAUAGGUCAUUUUUUUUGUAAGCUAAAUAAUAAAAGCAACAAUGAAUACAAUUAACGAAAGGACGGGGAAAGGAUUAAAAUCCUGCGUCUCUUUAGGUUCGAAGCUUUAGUAGGUGAGAGCUCACCGCUGCUGAAUAUUAGCGCGUUUAUAAAACGGUAUUAAUCAGUUAUACGAAACGCUGGCGUUUGCAACAAAAUAAGAAAUACGUGUAUAUUGAAGUAUCCCUAAUAGCGUUUUAAAAAAUCAAUCGACGCAAUUCAUUUUUUCGUUUGAGAAAUGAAAGACAAACAUGGUCGUUACUGGAACGAAAAUGGUCAUUUUAGUACCUACUGACGAUUCAAAGCGGUCAUCGCAAGGUUGACGUAGAGAAAACGUGGAUUUGCUCGAAUACUUUCUUUCGCUCUCUAAAAUCCAAGAACUAACGUACCCAUAGAAAUAAAAUUGAUUCACCGUGUGCUUGGGAUGUUAGAAUUUUAAUAACAACUCUUGCAAUAAAUAGUGAAAAUUUAUUAAUUGAGAAGAAAGUUUAAUGAAUUAGUUGUUUAAUUGAAAUAUCUGUGGCGCUUAGCCAAAGUCUAAUCGACCUGGUUGUCAAUAUUGACGCCCAAGAUUUUCUUUGUGCUUGUUUCAUUAGCCAGGUCAAUUUAGAACGCAUCGCCCGUUUACAUGAAAAAACAGUUGCACUGCUGCCAGGAAGUACAGAAAUUCGGCUCUGUUUAGAAAUUCACUUUAGCCAAACAAAACUUGAAAAAAAAAGUAAAAAGUUUAUUUCAAACCAAUUCGAAAUUCGCUUCUGUGAAGAAUAAGUUUUACAAUAGAAAAAAAGAUUCCAAUGCCAGAGUGUAAAAAAACCUUUGAAAUCAUUCGAAUACCAAUGUUUCUCAACUUUCUGAUGGUAGUGCUGACGCACAGUGUGUCAAGACCAACAGCGAUGAGUCUGAAUCUGCCUUCAGCACCGAAUUCCGAGUCGACAAGUCUUUCAAUACUGUUCUAUCAGUUUGUUGGACCAACCCUGUAGAGAAUCUAAUUUCUUGUCGACAAGCUUCAACUUCAAUAAUAAAAGAAAACAUUGCUAAGCUUUUCCACUCGAAAUUCGGUCCUGAGCCUCAUAUUAUAUUCAAAACUACUGGUCGUAACAUUCUGUAAAAUAUAUAUCGUACAGAUAAAUAUAUAUAAAUUGUGUAUAUUUUGUACAUCGCAUCUGAGCUGCCGCCACAGCCAUAGGUCGCAGUUCAGGCCUUGUUGAUAAUACGUAUAUCAAUUAGGAGAAAGAAUUGUUAUUAAGAAUUGAAAAAAAAAUUGUGGAAAUCUAGAAGCCAAAGGAUAAGUAUACUAUUAACACGUUAAAAUGAACCAAGGUGUGCAAGAAAAGGGAAUCUCCGUUGGGAUGGAAUAUUUUAGUUUGGAGAAUUGGAGAUAACUGCACGGUUUGCUCAUCUCCGAUUUUCGUUGAUCUACGAAAUCAAAUAUGUAGGAUAUACAUACAGUUUAUAUUGAAUGUUGUCUUGUUUUAUUAAUCUUUGCAGCGUUAGUAAUACGAUAAUGCUUGUCCAAGAGCCAUAUUGGAUAGGUAUUUUUUUGCGAAAUGCUGAAUUUUGAAAAAUCUAUUGACCGUUUGUUCUUGCUUUUUUUUUUAUUGCUCUUUUAUCGGAGUGAAUAUACACAGUGAUACGCGUGAUUUUCGAAGAACGACUAAUAUGAACGUCCUUCACUCCGUUUUUCGCAAGUAUUUAAAUACGUAUUCACGUUCUCUUUUAAUAAAAAAGUAACAACUGAAA